GUCAAUCGUCAAAUUCAAGGUCAGUGCUCCAUAAUUUGUUUUUGAUAAAAUUAUUUUGACAACAAAAAUGUAAAGAAAAGAUAUUUUCAAUGGAAAUCCCCAAUAUUUCAAUAAAGUAAAAUACUAAUUGAAAUACGUGAUGGAGGAUAGUUUAAGUGUAAAAUCUACUGAGUCGGUAGCAACGAGUGAGGAAUUUGAUUUUAUCGGUGACAAACCGAGUGUUUGUAAGACUCCCACAUUAGAUUUUCAAAAUGGUGAUUUGAAUGAACUAACUAAUGCACUUACAGAAGUGUUACAAGAACCUGACUCCACAAUGAAUCGUGGUUUAGAAAAAGAAAAUAAUAAAACUGGACAAAGUACUUUUUACAUAAAACUUGUAGAACCCGGAACCGAUCCUUUAAGUCAAGAGAUGGUAACUACAAUAUCUGACCAAUUGGAUUCGAAGAAAACAGAUUCUAGCAGUGAGGAAGAGUGUAGUAUUUCAGAUGUGGACCAAGAUUGUACAAUAUUCUCAGGUGUGACAUAUCUAGGCGCUGCUGCUAUCAAUGCGCCUAAAUCAGAGGCUGAAAUCCAAAGGAACAUGACCAUCCUGAAUGAACAAAGUGUUGAACAAGGAAUAAAGGUCUCGGUAUCAGUGCCAUCGUCUUCUCAAGGACUUGUCGUAUUAUAUGAUGCUGUGACUAAUUCAGUCAUAUCCCGUUAUGAAAUCCAUCGUAUACUAUUUUAUGCUCGCGGUCCAGCCGAUAGUAACGAAGCAAGUUGUUUUGCUUUUACUUGGUCCCAUGGAGAUACUCAAGAAUCGGCUAUUUUUCAAUGCCACGUCUGUCGGUGUGAUAUAGCAGAAGCUGUUUCGCGAGUCUCUGCUUGCUUUGCAAAAGCUUUUCAGAGAGUUCCCAGAUCAAUGAGCGCCAUGAGCAGUUCUAUAAUAUCAGGGGGUGAUCUUAUGUCAGCUUCAAUUACAACUAACUGCGAAGCCAGAACUUUGAUGCACGUUUUUGAAGUGAAUUUAGAAAUAAAAGAAGAGGACGGUAAGGGCUCGCGUUCAGCUGUAGGAAAAGACAAAAACGGUUUUAGAUUAAAAGUCAAUGCCGAAAAGGAGAUUUGUAUAAGUAUACGUCAAGUAUCCGACAAUGGACCUCAUUUGUUUAUAGAACGUUGCUUUGGAUUGCUCGUAGCAGCAGGAAAACACGUCAAACAUUCUGAUAUGCAACUUUUGGAAAUGAAAGAACAAGGUGCAUCUGGAGCGACAUCUCACGAAAGAAAUUGUACGUUGGUAUCGGCCGAUUGGGACCCAACUGAAGACAUGUUCGAACCAUUAAACGUUGAAACUCCAAAAGACGUCAAACAAUUCAUGACCGUUGCAGUUGAUCUAGUCAUUAGAGGUAUACAAGAACCAGUUAGAUUUUUAAUUGAAACCCCCGUUCGCGUAUAUAGCCAGAACGAAAGGAAUUUUUGGUAUUUCCAAAGAAAAAGUUUGGUCCAACAAUUUUUUUUGAAUCUUAAAGAGAUAGUGUCCGAUCUAAACGAUGUUUAUUAUGAAGUAUUAAAUAUGGAAACAUCCGGAGAAUUAGAUAGAAACCUUCUUAAUCUCAAUUUGAAUUUGUCCAGUUUGAUACAUUCACCUAGUAUAACAUCAAUAGAUACUCUAACCCCGAAAGAAGAAUAUUUAUCGGAUGGGGACGAACCUCUGUUGAGUGGUACUGGUUCCGUAUCGAAAGAUUGUUCUGAAGAUGUUCUGGAAUCAUGGAACGAUAUCUACCAAAGAUGGAAAUCGACUAAUUUCAAACAGAGACCUAAACAACUAGCCGGCUUAGUAAAAUUAGGUAUCCCGGAAGCGUUGAGGGGUGAAGUAUGGCAAAGAUUAGCUGGUAUAGAUGAAAAUACGAAUAUGAUGGAAAAUUAUAGAUUACUCAUAACGAAGGAAUCGAAUUGUGAAAAUGUUAUUCAAAGGGAUAUAGCUCGCACUUUCCCCGCUCAUGAUUUCUUCAAAGAGGCCGGAGGAUUGGGUCAAGAUUCUUUGUAUAGAGUAAGCAAGGCUUACGCCGUUUAUGAUUCAGAAGUGGGAUACUGUCAAGGAUUGAGUUUCUUAGCCGCCACUCUUCUAUUGCACAUGCCAGAAGAACAAGCUUUUUGUAUUUUAGUCAAAUUGAUGUAUGAUUACCGUUUAAGAGAUUUGUAUAAAGACGGUUUUGAUAAUCUCCAUUUAAGAUUGUAUCAAUUAAAUAAAUUGAUAGAAGAACAUUUAUCGCCGUUGUCGGUACAUUUUGCAGAACAUCAUAUCGAGACACAUAUGUUCGCCUCGCAAUGGUUUUUGACGUUAUUUACUGCCAGAUUUCCUUUAUUCUUUGUAUUCCAUAUCAUCGAUAUAUUUCUAUUACAAGGUAUCGAUACCUUAUUUCAAAUCGCCAUUGCCCUUCUUACAAUGUACAAAAAGGAUUUGUUGCAGUUGGAUUUCGAGGGAAUAUUAAAAUAUUUCAGAGUAUCUCUACCGAAAAAAUGCAGAUCCGAAGAAUCUGCUAAACAACUUAUCAAGUUGGCAUGCAACAUUAAAGUGAAAAAACUGAAAAGAUACGAAGCGGAUUUUCUAGCUUUGAAAGACACAUGGGAAAUUAUCAAUUUGGAUUCAGAGGCUGUAGAUCAAGCGGAAAAAGAAGCUAGCGAAGUUGAACAAUUACGUUUAACAAUAUCCAGAUACGAGGAAGAAAGGAAAUUGAUGAUAGACGAAAUAAGUCAACUCAAAGAAAUGUUGAAGAGAGAAGUUAAACAAGCCGAAUUAGAUAAAAACAGCAAUUUGGCAAUAAUAAAUGAUUAUAAGUUGGUAAGGCAACGUUUGGAUACCCAGUUACAUGAAGUUAAAGCAGAACUCGACAGUUUGAUGAGUAAAGUAUCGAAUUGCGAAAACUGUUCACAACAUUUAAAUAAACCUGGUAGGAACGAAAAAACUAUAGAAGAACAUGCCAAUGAUGAGGAGAGAAUACGUGAACUUGAAUUAGAAUUGGCUCAAACGAAAUUAGCGCAUGUAGAAGCUGAAUGUCGUAAUCAGAAUUUAACACACCAGCUGAGGGCAACAGAAGUGGAACUGACAACUGCGAAGAAUAGUUGGCCGCCUUGGUUGAGCAAAACGUUGAGUUCAAUAAAAGAGGUGGCGAAUAAAAAAGAAUUUUCCAAUUUCUCCAUACCGAACUCAGCAAACAUUCCAACUCAACCGACGUUCGUAUCACACGUCAGCGCCAUUAGAAGAGAAAGCGUGCCAUCAAAACGAGAUAAAUUAAUGAAUAUAAAAGAACCUCGAAGAGAAUCUGUACCAGUCAUUAAGGAUUCCCAAAGCUGUAGCAGUUUGAAAAAUCACUAAAUUAAAUUAUCCGUUUUAUGACAUACCAGUGAGUCUCUUGUGCUAUAAUAUUUGAACUAUGAAUUUCCUUUGAGAAGUUUCCACUUCAAUCAAUUUUCUUAUUUAUCAUUUUAUUUGAAUUAUUCAUUUAAUAUAACAAAAUUUGCACCUAUUAUAUUGAAAGUUUGAUGUUUGAGAUAUUUGUAAAACAAGAGGUAUCCACAAUUUUAUAACACACUGGACACAAUUAAUCGAAAAAGCAAAUUAUGCAUGUAUGCAGUAAGUAAAUGUAUGUGCCAUAAUAAAAUUACAAUAUUUCUUCCAGAAUCUUCCCGUUUAAGUCUCUAUAUCAGUACCAUUCUUCAUUUCUCUUUUUCAACCCAUAAAUUUUCAUUUAAGAAAUUAAUUAUUGCAGCAAAUAUGAUACUGUUGCUUCACCUCUUACUUAUAAUGAUUUUUUUAUCUUUGCAAGUUGUUCUUGUUACUUUAGGAUUUGUUUGUUGGCAAUUCUGAUAAAAAAUGAAAUAUAAAAGUAAAAUUGAUCAAAAUAAAUGGUAUAACCACCACGGACAAUAAUUCUGAAACAAAAACAGGGGCAUAAAUAUCUGGGAAUCAUUUAAGUAUCAUCCGUCCACCAGGUGUUUAAAUUUUUCUAUAAUAUAAUACCAGUAGUCGUUACGAUUGAUAUCUCUUGUUACAAAUAAUCAGAAUAUGAAUGUUCCGUUAAUUUUUUUUAAAUUUUAUUAUGCAAAAAGUUAUAAUUUUUCUAAUUGUACACAUAUACUCAGUAUUGAUAUUUCCCUAUUACUGGAGAUUAUCCGUGUUUAGACCUAGAUAUUGAACGGGGUACAUUAGGUACAACAUAACUUAAUUUUCUUUUAAACAUUUUCAACCAAUCUGUUAUGCCAUAGUUGCUAACUACAUCACCAUUUCUUUAUUCUAUAUGCAUUUUUUUUUACGAAAGAUUCAUUUGAACUAUUUUUCUUAAAUAGUUGUCACUAGAUAUCCCCGUUUUUGUUAAAAAUUUUAUCUGGUUAAUUUGAACUACUUUCUUUUACUGACUUCUAGAUUUCUCCUUUUUUUAUUGUUUCUCUACCAGUUUUGUAAUAGUUCUUCAUCUAUUGAAAUGUCAUCUAAAAAGAGUAAGUUUUUUAUAUCUUGGAAAUCACCUCAUGAAAAUUAAUUGUUACAUGUAGAAAAGAAGAAGCGAUUAAAAAAUGAUUUUAUUUUUAUACAUAGAUAUUGAAAUAGUUUUAUUCUGUUCGAAACAACAUUCAAGCCUUCUUCCAAUUACCUUAACAGCUUAUUUUCUAUAUGUAUGGUUUUCAUCUUGUUACCCAAAGAUAAUUGAUCCACUUUUUAGCUACUUGCUUCUAGUUUUCUCAAUUUUCCUUAUUUUCCAAGUAGUUUUGUAUUGUUUCGUUUGAACUACUUUUUUAGCUACUGGUUUCUAGUUCUCUCAAUUUUCGUUGUUUUGAUUGUAGUAUUGUUUGAUUUCAUUUAAACUACUUUUCUAGCCACUGCUUUUUCUUUUUUCUUAACAGUUUUGUCUUUUUUCAUUUGAACUACGUUUUUUUAAGCAAUUGUUUCCAGCUUUUUUUCCAAUUUUUAUUGUUUUUCUGACAGUUUUGUCUGUUAUAUUUGAACUACUUUCUUAGCUGCUGGUUUCUAGUUCUUUCAACAUUUUCCUUCCUAAUAUUUUUAUUUCGUUUCUUUUUAACUACUUGCUAGUUUUGCUAGUUUUUUCAAUAUUCUCAUUGUUUUCCCAUCAUUUUUCUUUCAUUUGAACUUAUUUUUGAAUGUGAUUGUAUCUAGUUUCGUCAAUUUUCGUUGAUUUCCUAGUAGUUUUUGUAUUAUUUCGUUUAAACUACUUUUUUACAUACUUGUUUCUAGAUUUUUCAUAUUGUUUUUUAACAGUUGUUUUGAUCUGUUAUCAAUCAAUUCUUUAUUGAUUAAAUUUAAUUAUCAACGGAAAAGUAUUUUUCUUAAGUUUAUGGAAAAAUUUCUUCCCAUUUCAUAUGAAUAGAUUAUUUUAGACACAUUCACACUCUAAUAAAAUUUGUCAACAAAACUGUUGAAAAUGUACCUCGUUUAAUUUAAAAAUUUAAAUAAUAAGUUGUUUUAGUUUAUAAUCACUAACACAGAAUGCUUUUUUUAUUGUUUUUCUUUUUGUAUAUAACUUAUUAACAAAAAUAUAUGGUAGUUUUUUUUAAUAUGAGCAAGAAAUGUCAGCGGCUUAUGUGAAAACCUGUAGCUAUGUUUUUUUAGUGAUAUAGUUGUCGUGAUAGAUAUUUUAAGUUGGUUUCAUUUUAUUACUAGUUAUUUAUAUUGUAAAGUCGUUUUCACUAAGAAAAUAUAUGCACUGAUUUAUACA